AUGACAAGUCGCUUGGAAAAAGAGGAUAAAUGGAAGAAAGUGCUGACACUACAGCGUAAGAGAAUGGCAAUAUCGUUGAUCACUGCAUCCCAUCUUUAUAAAGUCGAAAGACACCGUGGAAUAAACUUCUUUUUGCCGGCCUUCUCUGUCCUAUGGCUAGCGGAGGAAGACGUGGGCCAGGAUAAACUGAUUGCGGAUCUGGUUAGUGGCGUCAUUGAGGAGGACAUUCCUCACAUAGAAAUGAUACUGGAGGAUGGUGUACUCGUUCCUGACUCUGAAAGUCGUGAUAGCGACUACAUUCGUUUGCCGUACUAUGUCGCCAGUCUUCACCCAUCCGAGGAGCGAAGAUGGCGAUCGACGAUGAGGAAUUUGAUCAACGCUGGGGAUGGCCUGCGGGGUCAAGAUAAUCCCUUCACUGAACGUUUUUCAGAGGGAAUGGCUCCGGCGGAUUGGAACAGCAUGGCCGAUGUUGCCAAUAAAUAA